GUGCAUUGUGUAGCUAGCUAGGCUUAGCUAUUUAUCUUCACUCAAUUUCUUUCUCAUCACCUCUUUGGCAUGGCCUCCCAAAUCUCUUCUUUUCUCUUAGCUUCUCUUGCUGUUUUCUUCUUCCUUUGUUCCUUGGACAAAAGCUUUGCAACAAGGGAGGACAAGGAAAGAAGCAACAAUCUUCAUCUUGUUCAUCUCAGCUCUCUCCUUCCAUCAUCUUCUUGCAGCUUUUCCACCAAAGGUCCCAAAAGAAAAGCAUCAUUGGAAGUGGUACACAAACAUGGGCCAUGCUCCCAAGAUGAUGGCAAAGCAAAGGCCACAGCAACACCACACAGUGACAUUCUGAAUCUAGACAAAGAGAGGGUCAAGUACAUUCACUCCAGGCUCUCCAAGGAAUUGGGCCAGGCCCAAGACGUUGGGGUGAAGGAACUGGACUCAGCCUCCCUACCAGCCAAGUCUGGGAGCCUUAUCGGGUCCGGAAACUACUUCGUGGUUGUGGGCCUUGGCACGCCCAAGAGGGAGUUGUCACUGAUUUUCGACACUGGCAGUGAUCUCACUUGGACUCAGUGUGAACCCUGUGCUCGCUCUUGCUAUGAACAGCAAGAUGCAAUCUUCGAUCCAUCCAAGUCUACGUCCUAUUCCAAUAUCACAUGCACUUCUCCUCUAUGCACUCAGCUCACUUCUGCCACAGGAAAUGACCCGGGGUGCUCAGCAUCGACAAAGGCAUGCAUCUACGGCAUACAAUAUGGCGACCAAUCCUUUUCCGUCGGCUACUUCAGCCGUGAGCGCCUCAGCGUCACCGCCACCGACGUCGUCGACAACUUCCUCUUCGGCUGCGGCCAAAACAACCAGGGCCUCUUCGGCGGCUCCGCCGGCCCCAUCGGCCUCGGCCGCCACCCCAUCUCCUUAGUCCAGCAAACCGCCUCCAAGUACGGCAAAAUCUUCUCCUACUGCCUCCCCUCCAGCUCCAGCUCCGUCGGCCACCUCACCUUCGGCGCCGCCGCACGCGGCAGUUAUCUCAAGUACACCCCCUUCUCCACCAUCUCCCGCAGCUCCUCCUUCUACGGCAUCGACAUCGCCGCCGUUUCCGUCGGCGGCACCCGCCUCCCCGUCUCCUCCUCCACCUUCUCCGCCGGUGGCACCAUCAUUGACUCCGGCACCGUCAUCACGCGCCUCCCGCCCACCGCUUAUGCAGCUCUCCGGGCGGCAUUCCGCAAGGGCAUGGCCAAGUACCCCACCGCCCCCGAGCUGUCUAUAUUAGACACGUGUUAUGACCUUAGUGGCUACAAAGUGGUUGCCAUUCCCAAGAUAGAUUUUUCUUUCGCCGGCGGUGUUCAAAUUGAACUCUCACCGACGGGGAUACUCUAUGUGGCAAGCGCCAAACAAGCAUGUUUGGCGUUUGCCCCCAAUGGAGAUGAUAGCGAUAUUACUAUUUUUGGAAACGUGCAACAAAGAACCCUAGAGGUUGUGUAUGAUGUUGGAGGUGGAAAAAUAGGGUUUGGUGUUAAUGGAUGUAAGUAAUAUAUUUUCUAACAUAGUUCUUUUAACACACUUUUAAUCAUGAGUGAAACUUGUGAUUGAGAAUAUGUUUUAAAGAGUGUGUUAAAAAAUUAUGUGAUUGAGCUAAUUAGAAAGAAAUGAAUUUUAAUUAGCUCAAAUUAUUAUUAUUGUUAUAGCAAAGUGUAAUAGUUGAAAUAGAAAUGGAAAAACAAUAAUGUUGGAAAAAUAGUGAUUACUUGGAGACGGAUAUGUGGGAAAUAUGAUGUAGCAUGUAGAAUGGAGGGAAUGUUAUGACUUUCAAACUGUGCGAUUGCUUGCAAUUGUACAUAUAAAGAUGUGUAAAGUGACAUAAAUGUAAACUUAUAUUACAGGUUUGUUGAAUAAAUAAAAAAAAUGUCUUGACUUAAAAUAUUUGA